GUGGGGUGUUACCAUUCAAAUGUGCAAAACCAUAAGACCACUCUGCACUUGUGUGGAAGGACAUCUCUGGUAUCACACAGAACUCAACUCAAGCCGUGCAGAACAGCAACAACCGACAUGAAAUUCCAAGCUCUUUUGUUACUCGUGCUGAUCAUCUGCACCACACUGUGUGUGGCACAAGAUGAUGCCAGAGGAACCGGAGAACAUUCAAGAGGUUCACCAGGUACCUAUGGUAACUGCUGCUUGGGCCAUGUAAGGAGAGUGAGGCCGCAAGUAAAGCAAAAUAUCGAAAGCUUCAGGAUGCAGGAAACAGAUGGCGAUUGCAACAUCAGGGCUGUCGUUUUUACCGUGAAAAAGAGGCCCGAACAUAAGACUCAGCGCACCAUCUGUGCCAACCCGGACCACCCUUGGGUCCAGGAUUUGAAGGAAGCUGUGAGACAAAGAAUGCUGGCUCAGAAUUAGGCGAACAGCAGGAGAAGAAGAGGAGCCGAGAGCCAUCAUAAAAUGUGGCGAAGCACAUGGAUCACAUUUGGAGCGCUUGUAAAUUUGCCUGUGGCGGACAAAGAAUGUAAAUCACGCUUACGACAUGACAUGUCCUCUAUUUUAGGCAUCACACAAUGAUGACCUUAAAUGUCUUGUUAUAUUUGGUGCAAUUGUUAUGUUUAAGAGCCUGCAAGUUAUGAGCCAAUAUUAGGCAGCUUUUAGACUGUGGAUGUACCCUUAAAGACAAAAUGAUUCAGAGCCUGGACACAUGAGUUCUAGUGAAUUUUUUGCUGCUGAAUGAUCUUUUUGCUGGAAAUAAUCGGAUUGAUUUUGGCAAAAGAUAAUGUGUUAAAAAAUGCAAUCUUCAUGGAUUGUUUCCAAAAUGAUUCAUUCAUUUUUGAAAGAAGCGGGAAAUGACCACAAAGAUUCUUAGGAAAAGUGUCAUGUAAGAUCAUCAAAUGGCAUAAAAUAGCAGAAAAGAGACAGUUAAAUAUGUGCCUCUGACCCCCCCCCCCCCCCAUGAGAAAAUAUGAUUGUAUUCGUAGAUUAUGAUAUGAAAACUGUUUUUUCUAAAAAAAAAAAAAAAAAAAACCUCCCCAAAAGUUACAUGAAGUACCUUUUAAAUUACUUUUUCCGUAAAAUAUAUUUUUUUCUGUGCAAACACUAAAUAGCUUUCUUAAGAAUAGUAAAAAAAAUAUAUAUAUAUAUUAAAAAAAAAAAUCCUAAAAGAAUAGAACUUUGAAAAAACAAUGUUUUCAUAAUAUUAUAUAAUAUUAUUAUACUGAAUUAUUAUAUUGUACUUUUUAAGAAAAAAAUAUUUGAAAAACAGGACUUUAUGUUUGUAUAUUUCACAUAACUUUUUAAAAAUAUACUUUUUGAUAUGCCUUUUUUACAUAUUAAAUUUCUUUUAAAAAACACAUGCUUAACAUACUAUAAAAAAAAACAUGACUUUUCUACAUUUCAAAAAUACAUUUUAUGCAAAAAAUAUCAUUGAAAACUAAAAGGCCUUAUUCUCAUAAGUGGGGGGGGGGGGGGGGGGGGACUGCAUUCUUGCUUCCCACAAUAUCCUUAUAGGAACUUUUUCUUUGCAGUGUGGACCUAAUAUUCACUUGUAGAUGAUACUUAUGUAAAAAAUAAUAAAAAUCACAAUCUUACAAUUUGGCCAGGGUAUUAAUAAUUUGGGGUUUAACUUUGUUUUCAUGUUUUGUGUUUAUUGUUUGUGAGAGAAUUUUAGAUAUGUAGCACUUUGUAGAUAGGUGCAGUAUUUGUACAAUCAAUAUUUUUGUAACAACACUCCAAUUGUACUUUGUAAUAACCCUUAUUAAAAGAGAAGAAUGGAAAUAAACUUUAUAAGCUACAAA